CGGUCCUUAUCGUCUUGUUUGUGGAGGAGGGGAGUGAGUGGGUAUGGAGCUUCAGUUUGCAGGCGCAUCGUAUUUGAUGAAAGAAGGUAUAAAACCGCGAGGUUUGAUUAUCAAAUCAUCAAGUAGUACUUCACAAGGGCUGCAGAAAUGUUCAAAGAAAAACCUUUCUCGUAUACUUAGAACAGAAGCUUCCAUUAGAGGUAUCCAGAGGAAAGCCAACUCAGAAAAAUACACUAAUCUUUGGCCCAAGGCCGUUUUGGAGGCUCUCGAUGAUGCUAUUAGGGACAAUAGCUGGGACUCUGCUCUUAAGAUUUUCGACCUUCUUCGGAAGCAACAUUGGUAUGAGCCAAGAUGCCAUACAUAUGCUAAGCUUUUGGUAAUGCUCGGCAAGUGCAAGCAGCCAAGUCAAGCUAACUUGCUUUUUGAGAUUAUGCUAGCGGAUGGGCUUCAACCAACAGUAGAUGUUUAUACUGCACUUGUAAAUGCAUAUGGUCGUAGUGGCCUCCUUGAUGAGGCGCUGCGAACUAUUGAUGAUAUGAAAUCAGUUAGUAAUUGCAAGCCUGAUGUGUAUACUUACUCGAUCCUAGUUAAAUGCUGCACUAAAGUUCGUCGUUUUGAUAUGAUUGAAUACAUUUUGGCUGAGAUGGUGUAUUUGGGAAUUGAAUGUAGUUCCGUGACAUACAAUACCAUAAUUGAUGGCUAUGGUAAAGCUAAGCUGUUUGAGCAGAUGGAAAGCUCCUUGACCGAUAUGGUAGAAAAUGAGACUGCCUUUCCAGAUGUUUUCACCUUGAAUUCAGUAAUUGGGUCCUAUGGCAGCUGUGGGAAGCUUGAGAAAAUGGAGAAGUGGUUUGAAGAAUUUCAGGUAAUGGGAAUAAAGCCAGAUGUUAUGACAUUUAACAUUCUAAUCAAGUCAUAUGGAAGAGCUGGCAUGUACCAGAAAAUGGAGUCUGUACUUGAUUUUAUGAGGAAUCGGUUCUAUUCUCCAACAGUUGUGACUUACAAUAUCAUCAUUGAGACAUUGGGGAAAGCUUGCCUCAUUAAGAACAUGGAACAGUUUUUCCUACAGAUGAAGCAUGAAGGGGUGAAGCCAAGUUCAUUCACUUAUUGCUCUCUUGUCAGUGCUUAUAGUAGAGCUGGACUUAUGGAAAAUGUUGAUUCAAUCAUGAGGCAAGUUGAGAAUUCAGAUGUAGUUCUAGAUACUCCUUUUUUCAAUUGCAUCAUCAGUGCUUAUGGUCAAGCUGGUGAUAUAGAGAGGAUGGUGGCAUUAUUCUUGGAAAUGAAGGUCAGAAAAUGUAAACCAGACUACAUCACAUUUUCUACCAUGAUUCAGGCGUACAAUUCACAAGGGAUGACUGAAGCUGCAAUGGACUUGAAGACAAAAAUGAUUACUUCUUGUGAAUCAAAUGAAUUGAUCAGCAGCUAGUACAAUCUAUCUGCUACCGAAGGAAACCGUUCACUUGGAACUCUGUUCAUCAAUCUCAAUGUUGUGAAAGUGGGCAGAGUGUUAUCUGCAUGUGAGUUUAAGGAUGCUAUAGCAAUCCGUUAAUCAGAUGGCAUGGAUCCAAGGAAAAGAACAUAGUGAGUCUAUUUUGCGGCAAUGUGAUUUCUCUUACAUGUUUCUGUGAACUUUCAACGGCCUUAACCCACAACUAGAGAGAUUUGCAGUUUCCUAAAGCUCUUGUUAGGGAAUAGUUUUGUUUAACUUCUCUGAGUAGCUUUACAGUUUGUUUGCCUAUGUAUGUUAUUUCUCGACUCGUUUUUUCUUGUAUUAGCAUAUUUAUAUACAGGCAAGAGAGGGAGGGAGCAGUUAAAGUUCUUCUGUUUACUAUGUUCACGAAACAGCCAAACCGUGCUGUGAUGUAUGUAGUGCAACCUGUGGGUUCAUCUUCAGUUGAAAACCUCAGUGAUGCUUGGGUGAAUGAAGAUUUUAACAGUAGUGGGUGAUUCUGAUGGAUAAUUAACUCCUCGGUAACAUUGAGGAUCUACACUAUUUCAGCUCUCACUGUGGAGUUGUCUAUUGCAGUACUAAUAGUCAUGCAUCAAGGCCUUUUUUUUUUACUAACCAGAGCUGACUCACAACCAUACAUAUGGGUUUUGAACAGGUCAGCGAUGUAAGAGGACUGACUUCUUUCGAAAGAGCAAAGCCAUGGGACAGAUGGAGCAUUAUUAAGACACUUGCUGAUUCUUCCUUCUAAAUCGGGUUGUUUUACCUCUUACUGGUUGCAAGUCUUGAGUAAACAGAUAAAUAGAGCAAUGUAGUGUAAGAUAGUUAUACCAUUUUCCAGCCCCUCGCCAUUUCACAUGUUACUGUGGAAAUGAAUUACAAUAUUAUGUUUGAUAUA